AUGUCAGGCAAGAAACUGGAACUCCCAUCAAAACCGGUAUCCCGAGCCUAUAGGCCCGUUAACGGGUUCAAUAGAGAUGAGGUGGCCCAAUUCUUGAAAGAAAGGUACGACCGUGUGUACCAGAAGUCCGUUUCGCUGAAAAGAGACCCAAGCGCCUCAGUCAAAGUGUUGAAGGUGUCAAAUGGUGACUCGUGGACAACCGGGAAGUUUUCCAAUGGAAAGGGUGUGAAGAAUCGGGAUUUGCUGGGUGAAUUGACUAGAAAGUUGGAACACUAA